GAAGAGACAAAUAAACAAAUAUUUCCCACUAUUAUUUGACUUUACAUUUCUUCUUCUCGUUUGUCUCCCGCUUUUCCUCGCGAUAAGACCGCGGUCUGUGACGUCAUCAGCGAUAUCCAACAUGGACGUGCGGAUAAACAGCGGCGUUUCUGCUCGAGCAGAGAGAAAAGAGCAAGAAAAGGCCAAAAUAAUCCAGCGAGAGAAACAACGGCAGACUAUGAAGACGAUCUCGAAGAUCCUCCAGAAGUGUGAGUCUGAGUGGACAGAGGAGGAGCGGUCGAUGCUGCAGGCACAUCAGGACACCGUGCAGGAGCUGAGCCGACGACAGAACCGCAGACACCUGCUCAAGAGGAAACAAGAGGAGGUGUUUGAUGAUGCUGAGAACUUGAAGACUAAAGUGAAGCAGCUGGCAGAGGCAGUCCAGCGGGCCAAACAUCUGGUCAUUUACACCGGAGCAGGAAUCAGUACGGCCGCCUCCAUCCCAGACUAUCGAGGGCCCAAUGGAGUGUGGACUCAGCUGCAGAAGGGCCGGUCUGUGAGUACAUCCGAUCUGAGUCAGGCUGAGCCGACCCUCACACACAUGAGCAUCUGGAUGCUGCACAAAAUGAAGAUGGUUCAGCAUGUGGUCUCACAGAACUGUGACGGUCUUCAUCUGCGCAGUGGUCUUCCCAGACACGCUCUCUCUGAACUCCACGGAAACAUGUUCAUUGAGGUCUGCGAUUCCUGUUCUCCACCACGAGAGUUUAUCCGACUGUUUGACGUGACUGAGCGCACGGCUCUGCAUCGGCACGGGACGGGCCGCUCGUGUCCUCACUGUCGAGCUGAGCUCAGAGACACCAUCGUGCAUUUUGGAGAACGUGGCACUUUGGAGCAGCCGCUCAACUGGAAGGGGGCAGCAGAGGCCGCACAACGGGCUGACCUCAUCCUCUGCUUAGGCUCCAGUCUGAAGGUGUUGAAGAAGUACUCCUGCUUGUGGUGCAUGAAUAGACCUGCAAGCAAAAGACCAAAGCUGUACAUUGUCAAUCUACAGUGGACACCAAAAGAUAACUUGGCCACUCUGAAGAUUCACGGGAAGUGUGACGCUGUGAUGGCUCUGUUGAUGGAGGAGCUGGCUUUAGCAGUUCCCGUUUACAGCAGAUUGCAGGACCCCAUCUUCAGCAUGGCUAAACCCCUCAGUCCGCAAGAGCAGAAGAGUCACUCUCGUAAAGAGAUAGCGCCACCUUCUGCUUUAGAGGAGGUUUCGCAGUCAGCACCGCCACAGGGUGAAGGGCCAGCGGUUCAGGGCGGCUGGUUUGGAAGAGGUUACUCCAAAGGAAGACGGAAAAAGAAGAGUUCCUAGAGUUCAUGUUAGGUAUACGUCACCCACACAGCUGCUCAAACACACACUUUAGCUUGGUUUAGACUUGUGUUCAGGGUGCGUCACGUUUACAGGUUAAAAAAAAACCUAUUGAUAACUGGUUUUCUGAAGGGUUUUUUAAACCACUGGUAGAAGAGUAAAACCUCUGCAGUGGAAAAAUCAAAGGCUUACACUGAAAAAUAAGCUUUUCUUAUGAGUUUUUAUCUUGUUUCUUGCACAAAUAUCCAACAAUUCUGAAAUCAAGAAGAAUCUUCACGAUGAGUGAAACAUGUCGUCUUAUUUUCAGAAAUAUUUCAAUUGACUUUUCCCUUAAAACAAGGUAUAAUAUAAUAGAUUUGCAUUGAUAUAGGUUUAUCUUGCUGUUGUGCUUGUUUUCAGUGAAAUCUCACUGAACUUGAAUGUAUUAUUUCCCAAAACAAGACUCGUCUAGAACAUGCUUCUUAAUUAAGGAUUUUAAGGAGAUGUUUUGACUAAAAACAAGAUAAAAACUCAUUGUUUUUCGGUGUAGACUGGUUUACACGAUGGUUUGGUUUUGCUGAGUGCACUUUACUUCCAUUCUCAGGUUUAUUAAAUAAGCAAUAUAUGUUUUUAUGACAGCGGGUUUAUGAGAACACGCUCACAUUUGUUGCUGAUGGUAUUUAUUAGUUCAUCUAAAAAAGACGAGUGUUAUUUACUCAGCCAUAUGUGGGUUCAAACCCUGAAAAAACAAUGCAAAAUGCAUACAAACGACAGUGUAACAUUGCAAAUGUCAUUAUUUUUAUGCAGAAUAGCAUAGGUGUUAUGCUAAAUUUCAGCAACGCAUGCUGGAACAACAUAUAGAUGGAUAAAUGAGGUGUUCAUUUUUAGAUUGCACUUGAGAAUAUAAUGGUUUACAUAAAGUCAGUAUUACUGGAUUGAGUGAUUAGAAACGCUUUAUUUCAGUCCACUAUUAAAUGAUCAAUCAGAGAGUGUGUAUACAUCAAUGAAACCUUUUUAUUGACCUUCAACAAAUGGUGCUAUAACCACAAUUCACCUGCUAACUUUCAUGUGUAAGGCAUGUUAUUAGACUUUACAGUAAGGUUGUAUUAGUUAAUGCAUUUACUAAAACAGUAAACAAUGCACAACACACAGUUUAUUACAGCAUUUGUUCAUGUUCAUACAGUUUGUGAACUCAUGGUGCAUUAACUAACGCUACCCAGCAUGCAUUUAGACGUUGAGCUAUGCUUCUACAAACACUGUUCAUAAGUCAUGUUAGUGAACACAUUAAACUAAUGAAAGCUCAUUGUAAAGUUUGACCACUCGUGUGUGAACUGGGGAUGAUGCUCGCUCAGAUGUGCUCAUUGAUUUAAGCUGUUGCAGUAAUCUGACGUUGUGUAUUUUGUCCCAUCAUGGCCAUUUGAGUGCAGAUGUUUUGAUUUCUACACACUACUGUAUUUGAAGAUCUACUUGUGCUGAAAAUUUAAGAUUUGUAUUACACAA